AUGGGGGCCUGGGGCAGCCCCAGCCCCUGGCAGCAGAUUCCUCCCGGGUAUGGGCUGCUCCUGGAGCGGGAGGUCACCUAUAGGUUGGGAUAUGGGCAUGGGAGGCCUAAUCUCAGUCCUGCAGAUGCCUCCCAGGCAAGAAAGGGAAGCUUGGAUGAGCUCACAGGGCUCCCACAGUGCAGCUCAUCGGGCAGCCAGGCAAGUCCUGGAGACCAACAUGAUUUGGAGUUUGUUCAGAGCCAUGGAUGCCUGCCUUCACUGUUCAUUGUGCAGUUUUUGAGAGUGGACCAAGACAAAGACAGAGAAUGCAGCCUGGACUGUGCAGGUUCCCCUCAGAAAUCACUCUGUGCAUCUGAUGGAAGAACUUUUCUGUCCCGCUGUGAGUUUCAACGAGCAAAAUGCAAAGACCCUCAGCUAGAAAUAGCCUACCGAGGCAACUGCAAAGAUGUUUCCAGGUGUGUGGCUGAGAGGAAGUACACCCAAGAACAAGCUCGCAAAGAAUUUCAACAAGUGUUUAUCCCAGAAUGCAAUGAUGACGGAACAUAUAGUCAGGUUCAGUGCCACAGUUACACUGGAUACUGCUGGUGUGUCACUCCCAAUGGCCGUCCUAUCAGUGGUACUGCUGUGGCCCACAAAACUCCCCGCUGCCCAGGCUCAGUGAGUGAGAAGCUGCCACAACGAGAAGGUGCAGGCAAAACAGAUGAUGCCUCAGCUCCCGCGCUGGAGACUCAGCCUCAAGGUGAUGAAGAAGAUAUAGCUUCUCGUUAUCCUACCUUAUGGACUGAGCAAGUAAAGAGUAGACAGAACAAAACCAAUAAAAGCUCAGCAUCGUCAUGUGAUCAAGAACUUCAGUCAGCUCUGGAGGAAGCAAAACAGCCCCAGAAGGACAAUGUGUUCAUUCCAGAGUGUGCUCAGGGCGGCCUCUACAAACCAGUGCAGUGCCAUCCUUCCACAGGCUACUGCUGGUGUGUUCUGGUGGAUACAGGGCGUCCCAUUCCCGGUACAUCAACAAGGUAUGAGCAGCCUAAAUGUGAUAAUGGUGCCAGAGCUCACCCAACAAAAACAAAGGAUUUGUACAAAGGACGCCAGCUUCAAGGUUGUCCUGGGGCCAAGAAGAAUGAGUUCCUGACGAGUGUUUUGGACGCAUUGUCCACAGACAUGGUGCACGCGGUCUCUGAUCCAUCACUGUCUUCUAGCCGUGUUUCUGAGCCUGAUCCAAAUCAUACUCUGGAAGAGAGAGUCGUCCAUUGGUAUUUCAAACAGCUGGAUAAAAAUUCCAGUGGUGAUAUUGGCAAGAAGGAAAUCAAGCCAUUUAAGAGAUUCCUGAGAAAGAAAUCAAAACCCAAAAAAUGUGUGAAGAAGUUUGUGGAAUACUGUGAUGUGAACAAUGAUAAGUCCUUGUCAGUUCAAGAAUUAAUGGGCUGCUUGGGAGUAACGAAAGAAGAAGGUAAAGCAGAAACAAAGAAACGCCAUACAGUCCCUAGGACCAACACUGAGAGCACUUCAUCCAGCAGGCAGGUUUCAAAGAAGCAAGGGUGAACACACCUUACUAAUCCAAGGCAGAUCUCUUUGACAUGUGGGAGAUUUCCUCACCAAAAGGCAAUAAAAACAACUGUAGUAUUUGCACUUUGUACUUAAAAAAUGUAAAUUCACUUUGUAGAAAUGAAAUAUUUAAACUGACUUUUUUUUUUUAAA